AUGCCGAGACCAGCUAGGGUCCCUGCUUCCUAUUUCACAAAAGCGACAUUUAUACCCAUUGAUGGCCUUGAUAGCAUUGCAAUUUAUUAUGCCUCUUCUACGGGGAUCCACAAAAUAUGUGAUAACCAUCCGAAGGCAGAUGGAGCAGGGGAUUAUCUUGUCGAAGUUUCUCUCACACCACGCCGAUUGACCCUUAACAUGUGUAAGAUUCAGGCACCGGACCGCUACCGCCAGUCCGCAUUCAUUCAAUUCGAUCCCAACGGGGAACAGGAGCCCAAUCCCUCGUCAGGCGCAGAGGAGAAUGAUCAAAGACCAGUGCACGUUUUAGGAAUUUGGUACGGACAUGAACCGCUAAGUCGUAGCCCCAAUAUUGGCGUCGUAUUAGCGUUCGAUCGACUGACCAGAGAGAUGGUCUAA